UCUUGUGAAAAUGGCAGCGCCCGUAUGUUUUGAGCUCGGUGAGCUAAGCGUCCUUGGCAGCGCAUUAAACUGAAAAUGUUGCAGGCGUGUUAUGAGUAAGAACAAGAACUUAGCUGCCUAUCGUUCCGGCUAGUCCCGGCCGGUACGAGCAUGUUGCCCUGAACUGCCCUGACGCCAACACCCUGCUUGCUGGUCGAGCCCGGAGUCUUGUAGCUCCUCCAGAAACGGGAUUUUGACCGGCGCUAUUUCGAGCAUUCAAUUGGCAUGGCUGAGAGCAUGUUAUUCGUGCAGCUCAUCGUGCCCACUGAACAUUAUGAUGGACAAGUGAUUCAAGGGAGCACCGAGUUCCCAGUGACCACCGGGGAGGACAAGUUCAGGUGCUGCUUCUGUAGCCUAGCCACCGGAGAUCCACGCGAACUGGUCAGACACCUGUCUGACCUCGCUUGCCGACCGUUUGAGUGCCAACACUGUCCCAAGUCCUUUUCCAACAAGCGCACCUUCACGCGACACCAGAGGACGCAUGAAGAAGGAAGGCCUUUGAGGUGUCCGGUCUGUCCCGCUGCAUUCCGUCUAAACCGCGACCUGGCAAUUCAUGCACGAACACACACCGGUGAAAAGCCACACAGGUGCACAAUAUGUCCAAAGGCAUUCACUCAAAGCGCAAACCUUGCAACCCACUUGCGCAUGCACUCGGGCGAAAAACCUUACAAAUGCACAAUAUGUUCAAAAGUGUUUGCUCAGAGCUCGACCCUUGCGGACCACCUGCGGGUGCACACAGGAGAAAAGCCUUUCAACUGCCUCCACUGUUCCAAGGCCUUCAGGCAGCGGAAGAACCUGAGAGAGCAUUUAAGAACUCAUACGGGAGAGAGGCCUCACAAGUGCGACCGGUGCACCGCUUCGUUUGCCAUGCGGGGCCACCUGAAAGCCCACGUCCGUACUCACACCGGUGAAAAACCUUUCGAGUGCACAAUCUGUCUGAAGGCGUUUUCCCAAUUCUCAACCCUUGCAAGACACUUGCGGAUGCAUACGGGGGAAAGGCCUUUCAAGUGCCUUCACUGUUCCAAGGCCUUCAAGCAGCAUAAGGACUUGAGCGAGCAUCUACGAAGUCACACGGGAGAAAGACCUCACAAAUGUGACCAGUGUACUGCGUCGUUUGCUAGGCGGAACCACCUGAUUGAACACGUCCGUACACACACGGGCGAAAAACCUUAUAAAUGCACAGUCUGUUCGAAGGCAUUCGGCCAAAGCUCGGCCCUCAAAGUCCACUUGCGGAUGCACACCGACGAAAAACCUUACAUAUGCUUGGAUUGUUCCAAGUCCUUCAAGCACCUCAGUAGCCUGCACAAACACCUGCGAACUCACACACCUACAAACUCAGAUUUGAAAGCGCCCGCCUAAAUGUGCAACCGCAGGCACCGCAAGACAUAUUGCUAUUUGGGAUGUCUUAGGCAAGCUGUGAACUUUAUAUUCGCAUGGUGUUUCGCUAACUGGGCCAUUUCUUCACUAACUGGGCCUCAAACUUCGGGACGCACCCACAUCUGUUACAGUCCACGGCCAGAUUUUCCGAGAGUGACGUUGUCAGUAAGAUCGUCACCCUCGGGAAAUCUGGCAGUGCACUAGAACAGAUGCGGGUGUGUCCUGAAGUUUGACAACACCAUUAUCUUAGCCACAAACCGAAACAAAACUACAAGAGAGAUAACCAAAGCGUUUUUCAAGAUGGAGUGUGUUGAAGGUACGUGUGUCAGCGCUCCAUCGAUAGCCCUGUUUGACUCUGAGGUGGCGUUUUUAAAAUCUUUCGAAGAGUAAAUGGUACAUAGAUAAGCAUUGGUAUGAUGAUGUUGCAGUUCCUUCAUCACUUCUUCAUUUCACGGUGUAUAUAUAUAUGCUUUUUCCAUGAGUAAACUUCAGUCGCAAUCAUACCCAACUCAUGAGGGUCCUCACUCACCCUCAUCUUCACAGGUGAUGUGAGGGUGAGUGAGUUCUGAACCAGGAAAA